AGUGUUUACAUCGUGAGGUGUUUUGGUUGUGUGAUUGUGUGUGUUUACUUUUACAUUUGAAUAUAUGAAUAGUGGAAUUAAAUUGUGCCAUGUGGCUCAUAGUUGUAGGUGUUUUUGUUCACGUCGUAUUUUUGAUGUCAAUAUUUGAUAUAUAUUUUAAAUCUCCAAUUGUACAUGGAAUGGUACCUCAAGUAAAUGAUUUCAUACCGCCAGCCAAGCGGAUAGUUCUUUUUGUGGCGGAUGGUUUACGAGCCGAAUCUUUUUUUUACACAAGGGCCGAUGGAAUUAGCCACGCUCCAUAUCUUAGGCGAGUGAUGAACACUUCGGGGGCGUGGGGCGUGUCUCACACGAGGGUGCCCACGGAGUCGCGUCCCGGCCACGUGGCUCUCAUAGCAGGCCUCUACGAGGACCCCUCAGCGGUGGCCAAGGGUUGGAAGGAAAAUCCUGUGGAGUUUGACUCUGUGUUCAACCGCAGUCGGUUCACGUGGUCAUGGGGUAGCCCGGACAUUCUGCCCAUGUUUGCAAAAGGAGCGACGGGCCGCCGAGUGCGAGCGGAGAUGUACGACGCAGCGCUGGAGGACUUCUCGGGCAGGAAGGACACCAGGUCCCUGGACACAUGGGUGUUCGACCGAGUGGAGGCCUUCCUCCGCGACGCCGGCUCGAGCGAGCUGCAGCAGGACGGGACCGUGUUCUUCCUGCACCUGCUGGGGCUGGACACGGCCGGUCACACGUACAAGCCCCACUCCCGAGAAUACUUGAAGAAUAUAAAGUGUGUUGAUGAAGGCGUUGAGAGAAUAAAUAAAUUGAUGGACAAAUAUUUUGGCUAUGACAACAAGACAGCAUAUAUAUUCACAUCUGAUCAUGGGAUGACUGAUUGGGGAUCUCACGGAGCCGGGGAAGCCAGCGAGACGGAGACGCCCCUGGUGGCGUGGGGCGCAGGGAUCCGGGGGCCGCGAGCGCCGUCCCUGUCGGACGCCCCCAGCCCGGAGGACUGGCGCGUGGGGCACCUCUCGCGGAGGGACGUGAGGCAGGCGGACAUUGCCCCCCUCAUGGCCACGCUGAUAGGGGUUCCCAUCCCCGUCAACUCUGUGGGUUCUCUCCCGAAGAGCUACUUGGAUCUCCCAGACCUUCACUUAGCGGAAGCCAUGUUCACUAAUGCCAGGCAGAUGGCAGCACAGUUUGACAAGAAACGAGAAACUGUGGAAAGGAAGAGUGUAUCGUGGUUGUACCGACCAUUCCCUCACCUGACCGAGGAUGGCAAAAGGCAGUUGGAGUCUGCGAUACGAGGACACAUCAAUGCGGGGCGAUACGAGGAAGCUACGAGGGCCAGCGAGCUGCUGCUGUCGCUCAGCCUGCGGGGCCUGGACUACUACCAGACCUACUACCAGCGGCUCCUGCUCGCGAGUGUGUCCGCGCUGUUCCUGGGCUGCGUCGCCUGGCUGCUGUGGCUGCUCGCGGCGUGCCCUCAGCCGGCUCGCGCCGUGCUGGCGGGGGGCGCGCCCGUCAACGCUGCGUUCGCAGCGCUGCUCUGCCUCUCCGCGGCGCUCAUACACGUGCAGGAGUUGCCGUACCAGUUCUACGUUUACUGCUUGUUGCCACAGCUGCUGUGGUGGAGCAUAGCGCGGCGGCGUGCUGACUUUCACAGUGUCGCGGUCAGCAUCGUCAGGUGUUACGGAGUGCGGCAGUUUCUGUGCUCCUUCUUCGUGUACGUGAUUGGGAUUGAGAUUUUGGUGCUGUCGUUCCACCAGCGCCGGGUGCUGGCGGCCGGGACGAUGGGGCUGGCGGCGUGGCUGUGCGCGUCCUCCCGGGGGCCGUGGGGGCUGAAGGCGUGCUGGGUGGGGUCGUGUGCCGUGCUGGCUGCCUUCCCGCUGCUGCCCGUGGUCGGCCGGGGCAGCGACCCCAUGCUUGUGACAUGUUCGGGAUUGUUGUGGGUUUUCGCCGCAUUGGUUUACUUGUACUGGAUACUGACAAAAUCCAAAUACAAGAACUUCCAGUCAGUUCCCACUUUGUGGCUUCAAGUUACUGUUAUCGCUGCGACCGUUUGGAACAUCGGCAGCAUUGCAAACAGUUUUGAGGAAAAGCAGGGCUUGCCUUUAGUCAACCAAUUACUUUCCUGGUUUCUGUCGGGCUUGUCGUUAGUGCUGCCUCUGUAUGGCGCCCAGCAUUUAGCCACUCGCCUCGUGAACAUAUGUCUCUCUCUCGUAGUGCCGUUCCUGCUGCUAUCUACCUUGUACGAGGGGCUUUUCAUCUUCGCCCUUACGUCAAACCUGUCACUGUGGUUGGCUCUAGAAUGUAGCACUUCACAUCUUUCUCCGUUAGACUGUGUAUGGCUCACCACUGACAAGUCUGUCAAGAAGACAGCUUGGGAUAAUCCACCAACAUCGAGUGACUUCCGUAGAGCUUACUUUAUUCUAUUUUACACCAUUCUGUCUUUUUUUGGUACAGGCAACAUAGCAAGCAUCAACUCUUUUGAUCCGACAUGGGUCCGGAGUUUUGUCACAGUUUUCUCCCCUUUUGUAAUGACAGCCUUGAUCCUCGUGAAGGCUGUGAUUCCAUUCCUGGUUGUUGGGUGUUUCAUGAAGGCUCUGGAUGUGCUUACCGAGGCGCCCGUGGGCCGGCUGUUCCUGGUGCUGCUGCUGUUCUGCGACGCCAUGGGCCUGCACUUCCUGCACAUGGUGACCAACACGGGCAGCUGGCUGGACAUCGGCACCUCUGUCUCCCACUUCGUCAUCAUGCAGGCCACCACGCUGCUCCUCGUGCUGCUGCACAGGGUGGCACACCUGCUCGUCACCGCCCGCCUUCCCCGCCUGCCCCGCCCCGGGAAGAAGGCAGUCUGACUGACGGCGGCAGCGUGUUCCUUGCUCAUGUUGUAAGUCGGAGGAAUCCUGCUGGAUUGUGUUGCUCCAACUAGGUACUGUAAAGUUACACUCAUCCAGUCCCUGCUCAUCCAGACAUCCAGUUCAUUUGGGCAUUAUAAAAAAAAUUUGAAUUUUAACCACAAAGAUGUUUUGUUCUGCUAAUCCUACAUUAGUUCGUAGGUUAAAAUCUUAAUUCUAUGUAUACAGUAGUAUUAAAACUAUAAAUAAGCUGUAAGAAAAGGAGGGAGAAAAAAAUAUAUAUAUUUAUAGUUUUUCCCAUCUAAAACAUUUGUUACAUGCAUUUUAAGGCAGAAAAUUUCUUUUAAAUUUGGACUUUCGGCGAUCCAGACGAGGUCAUGUCCCAUCUAGUCAAGAUUAGCGGGACUCUACUGUACGUGCAGAACUGUAAGUUUAGUUUGCAAGAUAUUUUUGUAGCAUUUUUGUUUUGGUUGAAUCACAAGUCUGGCCAAUAGCGAGGUCGUGUAAACACCAGGUCAGAGAACAACGCAAGUUUGGAAUAUUGGGAGGGAGUCACCCAUGGCCUAAAGUUAUAAUAAUAGCUUUAGUUCAUGGGUCAGCUUAAGUUAUACACAUCAAGAAAAUCAGUAUUAUGUAUUAGGCAUAUCCUAAAUAUGUGCUUGUAUUUAUUUGAUACCAUUUUAAAUGGAGUUAUUAUGCUAUAAAAUAUUUGUAAUAAAAUUUUACCUUCUGUUUAAAAACUUUUUUUGUGAAUUUUUUUUGUACAUAUAGAUUGAUAUAAUUUUUAUGUUUUAUUUAUGUUCCUGUUGUUUGAUUGUGCAAAACAUUUUUAAAUUUUUCACUGUUGACAGUCUGCUUCUUAUUGGAUUGGGGAGAAAUAUGAAUGGAUAUUAAAUUUAAUUUGGCUAUUGAUGGCUAGUUAAUAAAGGGGAUGAAGGGAAAAGAGUAAGGCCACCCAUCAGUUGUAAUAAAAUGAGAAAUUUCGUGAUUAUAAAUAAGUAAAAGCAAUAUAAAUGUUCAUCAAAUAAACUUACAGCGAUGUUAAAAAUUGUAACAGAAGUUACCGGGAAUAAAUAUUUUAUUUUUGAAAGU